AAUCCACCUGUACCCUACACCGAUCAAAGAGAACCUGAGAAGAUUAAAAAAUGGAGAGAAGAACAGAAAGCAAGUCUUGAGAGAAAGAAUAACAUUGAAUGGAAAUGUUUUAGAUGCCGAAGAGGAAAAGAAAAGGAAGAAUGGAGAGAAGCUGCAAAAAAAGAGUUGGAAGAAUGGUAUAAACAUCACGCAGAAGCCAUUAAUAAAACGAAAACUACUAACAGGGAGUCGGCCAAGAACGCGGAGAAGCAAUUCGUUGCAGAGGCAGAUGAGGUUGAACCAGGCACUGAAUGGGAACAUGCCAAGCUUUGUGAAUUUAAUCCAAAAUCAUCCCGCACUUCCAAGGACGUCUCUCGGAUGCGCUCGAUUAUCUUACAAUUAAAACAGACACCGCCCACUCCCAUUAACGCUUAAUUAAAUUGAAGGAGCUGUUAGACACUAAAGAUAUGAAUUAUGAUAAAGAAAUAAUUGAGAAAAUGAUUAA